ACAAUGGAUGUUGUUGAAAUUUCAUGAAAUCCAUAAAUAUCUCGCAGAUUCCAUUUGACGAAGUAUUCUUGUUCGACUAUGGAAAGAAAAAUUUCUUUUCAAAGCAUCCUAUUCCAACAAUCAACAGGUUCUUGCCACUGCCGCAUAUUAGCUUGCAGUAGAGGUUACUGGUAUAUUAAAUUGUCGAUAUGGAAUCGUAGAAUCCUCAGGAACCGUGGAAUACAAAACAGUAGGCAGAUAUCCGCUAACCAAACUUUCCUUUCGCAAGAAAGUGGCCUUCCUGAUCAAGGCGAAGUCGUUUCACCUAUACCGAAUUCUUUAACUCGCUUAUCUGAGAACAGCCUUUCUGCCUUAAUAGCGGCCACAGAGGCAGGCUAUAAAAGACUAUUGAUUGAUAUAGACUUUGAACAAGGUGAUUCAACGUAUACGACAUUUAAAAACGCUGUUCCAUUUUUACGUGAGUUACUGAGGGUGAUAGAAAGUCGAAAUUGGCAGACUACUACAACGCUUUUGUUCCCUGAUGAAGGAAGUGCGGCCUUUGCAAGAAAGGAUUGGAAUAUUUCCAAGUGUUCGUUUUUGAGUUUUGGAUCAUAUUCUGGAAAGGACAGUAGCCAAGAUUGGUUGAUUAUGAUAUGUCCAUCUGCUGUUGAUGUGGAAGCUAUGGAACAAAUCGUCAACAGAGAGUCACCAUUCUUAAGUAAAGAUGCUCGUCCAAUCAUACUUAUCAAUCCUAAACUAGUGGAUAUGGGAGCAACAGGUCUAGGUUUUAAUGCAAGACAGCUUCGACAACAGUUCCUGAGCACAUUUGAGUCGAUUUAUUUUCUUCGGGUAUAUACGUGGGGAGUCGUAGUUCGUCAAUAUCCAUUCCGUUGGAGUGUUUGGUUGGAUACAGCGAACUCUGAUGAAAACAGUUCUUCAGAGGAAGCUCCUUAUAGGUUGUUGAGAACCUUUGAGAAUAAGCCUAAUGAUGACACUAUUCAAGAAAUAUUUCUAAAGUCCGUUCAAAAGAAAACCUUUGGAACGCAAAGGAAGAAUUGGUUUCAAUCCUUUGUUGAUUUUCUAAAGNGAUUGGAGGAAAUGAGUCAUACGGCUUCCUUUUCCGUAAAAAUAAAGACUUUGGACUCUACAGAAUAUGAAGUCUCUGUAACCAACGACACCAGUGUUCUACAACUGAAACAAAGACUAGUGGAGUUGACAGGAAUUCCUUCGGAAAGACAAAGAGUUAUAUUUCGAGGACGAGUUUUGAGUGAUGACCGUACCCUCGGCGACUAUAAAGUUGAGCAAGGGAAUGCUUUGCAUUUGGUUUCCCGACCAGUGUCCUCAGGGACGGAAAGUACUUCGAGAACUGCUGACAGCAACGUCUCGUCCAACGAAGUGCCUUCAGAGGGAAUGGGCAUUCCAAGGGGAGCAUCGGUUUUUAUUGGUUCUAUGAACAUACCUAUAGGUUCAGAAGAGAUUACUGGAGUUGCCGGUUCCAUCAUCCAAUCUAUUCAACAAAUGAUGAGGUUUGCUCAAAGUCGUUCGCAGUUUUCUGGUCAAAAUGCCCAGCCACAAAAUAUAGAACAGAUCCUGAGAAACACGUUUCAUUCCGCGCGUCAAAUCUAUCAACAAUUGCAACAGCAAGUCUCACAGACACAACCAGAUGACCCAACCUUUCCCCAACAGUUACCUUCCAACACGGCAAGCUUGUUAAGCAGUUGUCGUCUACUUGAGCGCUUUUUGGAGUCUAUGAUCAUGAACUUGGAGUCUCAAAGGAAUACUAAUGAAACUGAUUCCAUUCGAGGAAUUUCGUCUCGUGUAACUACAACCUUGUCUUUAUUUGUUCCAUUAUUUUCACAAAUACUGAGUGGCUCACGUGCAUUUACUAAUUCGAUGCAAUCAACUCAGGCGAACAAUGUGAAUAGAGAAAACACAAAUGAACCGCAACCACAACAGCAAAUGUUACAGAAUAUAUUGCAGUCUUUUGCUCCUCAAAUCACGAACAUGAUGCAACAAAUGUUUUCGUCUGCAACAAGUGGAGUUAAUGCACAAGGGUUUAUUCAUAUCGAUAAUCUUGGUACUCCGAUAAACGCAAAUACUUCAAAUCAGCCAACAUCAGAUCGUAGUCCAAAUAUAUUUGUCUCGCAAGCUUCAGCACAAACCAACAGUGACACGAAUACAACGGAAGGUACUCAAACAGAUGCAGGAUUCUUUAUGAACUUGGUCAAUCAACUAUUGUCAUCGUUUCAACAAUCUCUUGCAGCUUCCAGAGCCAAUCCUCACUUAGUUUCACAAGGCCCCAACAAUGAUGUUGGAUUACCUUCAGUUAGCAGUGUUCUUCGCUCGUUUAUCUCUCGGGACCAAAUGGAAGAAGCAAGCAUCAUGGAAAGAAUAAUUGGCAUUGUAGGAGAUCAGCUGUCCUUCUUAGACCUCAUCGGACUGUCUCAAGGGAACACGAGUUGCAUUAGGCGAAUUCGUAGGCCAGUUCGAGAACAGUUAUUAACUCAGAUUUUCCCCGGUGAAGGAGACUUAUCAGUUCAAAUUCGUGACGUUGUUGAGAGGAUUGUCGAUAACGAGAUAGGUCCGGAAUUGGAGAGAUUCAAUAAUCUUCCAAAUGUUCAAGAAAGACUUACAGAAACCGAGAUUCGUAACAAGAUGGUGCCCAUCGUGAAAAAACAUCUCGAGAACUUAUUUCACUAUCUGCUGGAAAUAGAUGUUUACUCUGAUGAAGAAUUUGAAAGUACUUGUCGUUCUUGGAGUUAUCAAGUAGCAGGAGAAAUGACUUAUACUUUAGCGACGAUGAUGCGCAAUGGACGUUCAGACGCUUUGGAGAGUUUGAGAGAAUAUAUUUCGACUCGAGCAACCGAAACUUUUGGUACACAACUUGGUGCCAUAGCAGCAAUUGGAAGUGUAGCAAUCGUUCAUUUUGCGACUGAUGCGUAUGAUCAGUGGGAGUUGCAGCAUUCAUCUCGAACUAUAAGAGAUGAUGGAGGACCACGAGAAUUGAACUUGAAUGCAGGAUCAGGUGAUGCUACACAAGUCAUUGCUCAAGAACAACUUAAAGCAGCAGCUGCUGAGUUAUUGGCAGAAAUGGAAAUAGACUCUGACCAUGCAACAAGUUCGCAAGCAAUGAAUGCAUCUUCGUCACAAAGAGAUGCACAAAUGCGUCUAGUUGAGAAUUUUCGUCAUUCUUUGGGACAAAGUCUUCCUUCACAAGUUGUCGAGGACUUGACACAUCGUGUCCUGCGAGAUCUGGAUCAUUUGAAGAAUGUGAAACGGAAACCUUUAAGUAAAGCAUAUCGAAGAGGAUAUUCUGACUCUGAUAUGCAUGAAAGAGCAGCAGAUACUCCCAAAUCCUUAUCUGCCGAGGACUCACACAAAUUUGCAAAGCAUUUAUUAAGGCAGGCAAUGCAAGAGGCUGAAGUUUCCGAUGAAGAAAUAGAACAGAUACUUGCUCGGUUUGAUCAAGAAAGAAUUGGCGAAGUGUACAGCGACGAACUGAUAAGAAGCUUUUCUUCACGAGUCUGGUGUGACUCAGACUGUCAAGAAGAACGGUAAGGCCUACUUUCUAUUUGAGUGUUUGG